GAUACUGUUAACCUCGUGGUUUGCCGUAGAAAUCUCAAGGUAAUAUCAAAGAACCUCUGGCUUGCUUGUCUAAUACAAAUUUAUCCACAAAUAAAAUGAGUGGAAAGAAAACAGACGGGCAAUCAGGUGGUGUCAUGGGAUGGAUAAGCUCAGCUUGCCGUUUCGCGGCGGACAGAAAUGAUUUCAGAAGGAAUCUCCUUGUAAACCUGGGUUUAUUCGCAACGGCUGUUUGGGUCGCAAGAAACCUUUCAGAUUUUGACUUGAUGUCUCCUCAGCCAGUCAUGUAGUUCCCACUCCGCAAACAUUUACUUUAACAGGUGGUGCUGAAAUGGAAGAACACAUUUUCUACCGAGGGUCUUGUUGAACAAGCCCAUUCAACACUGAAGGGAAUAAGUCUAGAGAUGGGCGUAUCGAUCCGAGGUAUCGAUAUAUC